CCGACCCUCCUCCUCCUCCUCCUCCUCCUCCUCCACCGGGGACCAGGGAAGGUUCUCAGCACUUGCCACGGCAGCUCGGGAUGGACAGUACCACAAAGACUCAGUAAUCCCUCACGUCGGACAGACACUUGACAGAAAGCACAGCUGACAGCCAUUCUCAGCCUUCAGCAGGGGCAGAGAGAGAGAGGAGACGGACAGACAGCCAGCCAGGCAGGCAGGGGGAGGUCUGUGUGGAUUACUCCCUCUAAUAAAUAAGGUUCUUAACCUGCAAAUCAAGCAGCGUUCGUAUCUGUGAGUGCUCUGUAAACAGAACAAGCACGAUGGAAGAAGACAUGGACGAGGGGCAGACCCAGAAAGGAUGCCUUGAGUGCUGCAUCAAGUGUCUGGGUGGGAUCCCCUACCCGUCCCUCAUCGCCACCAUCCUGCUGUACGCCGGCGUGGCGCUGUUCUGCGGCUGCGGGCACGAGGCCCUGUCCGGCACCGUCACCAUCCUGGAGAACUACUUCGAGGUGGUGAGGAGCCCUGUGGACGCUCUGGAUGUUUUCACAAUGAUUGACAUUAUCAAGUAUGUGAUUUACGGCAUUGCGUCGGCCUUCUUCGUCUACGGCAUCCUUCUGAUGGUGGAGGGCUUCUUCACCAGCGGAGCCAUUAAAGAUCUGUACGGAGACUUCAAGAUCACCACCUGCGGACGCUGCGUCAGCGCCUGGUUCAUCAUGCUGACGUACAUCUUCAUGCUGGCCUGGCUCGGCGUGACGGCCUUCACCUCCCUCCCGGUCUUCAUUUACUUCAACAUCUGGAAUAUUUGCCAAAACGUCACGGUGCUGGAGGGGGCUACGCUCUGCCUGGACCCACGCCAGUACGGUAUUAUUCCACUGGCUGAGGCGAAAACUGUGUGUGCUGGAUCAGAAAAGUUCUACAAGAUGUGCGAAUCUAAUGAGCUGGACAUGACCUUUCACCUCUUCAUCUGUGCCCUCGCUGGAGCCGGAGCGGCUGUCAUUGCGAUGAUCCACUACCUGAUGGUGCUUUCGGCCAAUUGGGCCUACGUGAAGGACGCCUGCCGGAUGCAGAAGUACGAGGACAUCAAGUCGAAGGAGGAGCAGGAGCUGCACGACAUCCACUCCACCCGCUCCAAGGAGCGGCUGAACGCCUACACAUAAAGAGCAGCGUGAGGCCUGGCCCUGCCACUCCGGCCUCUCUCCCUCUCUCUCUCCUCUCGCUUUCUCUCUGUCUCUCUACACCAUCCCCUCCUGAGGGGGGGGCGGAUGGCGCCUAGGGCCCUCGCCACCGCUGAUGUCACUGGUGCGUCAUAUGACAAUGUGGUCCUGGGGGGGGGUCUCCUCAGCCACUAACAGCAUUUCAGAUGAAAAAAAAAAGCCCCUUUACCUCUCUCAUGGAUGGUGUUAUGGUUCUCAUUAUGGCAGUCGUAUUAUUCUUGAAUAAGAGUCGUUUUAGUGCUGAUAGUAGUUUUAGUGUAGUCGGUAGAAUCAGACGUAGCAGUAGUAUUUCUGCUUCUUUCUUUUUCCUCCUUUGCAUUUUUCUUUUGUUACUCUGAAUAAUUUGUGUACAAUUGUUUUUAUUUUUCAUAAGAUUUUUAUUUGAUACUAAGUGUCAUUUUGCUCUCAUGCAUAAUUUAUUGUUUUUUGGGUUUAUGAUUUUUUUUCUGAGGGGGUCAACAGGGGCAGCAAAGGGUUUCCAAGCACAUUUCUCAUGUCGUGUGUGUGUGUGUGUGUGUGUGUGUGUGUGAGUGUGUAAGUGUGUGUGCGUGUGUGUAGAUUUCAUGUUCAAUAACUACGUGCUGUGUGUGAAUGGGUGUUCAGUUUUGAAACAACAAAAAAAAAAAUUAAAGAAAUACUUUAAAUCUCACGACACAGCUACGAAGCAUUACAAGCCUUUUGUCAUACCAGUUUACCCAGGGAUUAAAACCACUUUCAUCCUGUUUUUCUAUGUCAACAGCAAGACAAUAAUGCCACCAUAGAAACCAAAUCAGAGGGAAAGACAAAUAUUUGCUAGACGUGCCAAGCCUGUGAAACAGGAAACACUAACUUUGAUAGAUUUCCGAGGUGGGUUUAGCCAAUUAAAGAUAAAUUAUGGGGGUUAUUUUGUGAUAAUCUUGCCAUUCAAAUGUGUUGGAAGACUUUGAAUGACUCCACUGUCUUUGAAUCAAAAGCACACGCAAACAUGCUUUCAUAUUCCCUUUUUUAAUCACUUAAAAAUGGAAAUUUAUAAAUACUAACCUCUGCACUGUAUAUAC